UCUUGCUAAGGUAUAACUCGGUCACAGUAAAGUGCUGUGCCCUGGUGGUACAUGGGUCCAAUGUUUUGUUCUGUUUGUUUGAGGAAGGGUCUUGCUUAGUAGCUUAGGCUGGCUUUGAACUUGAGAUCCUCCUCAGACUCCUAAGUGCUGGGAUUACAGGCAUGCACUACUACCCUGGUGGCUCUGGAUUUUGACAAACAUCCUCCUGGGCAAUGGACACCAUGAUCAAGACAGAAAAGCUCCAGAAACUUCCCUCCUGCCCUUUUAUGGUUUGCCAUUCCCCCACCCAUGGGAUCCUCUGAUCUAUGCUCUGUCCCACUAAAUUUGAUAUUUUUUAGUCAAGUGACAAGUCUACACCCGGCCCCAAGUCAUGGCCAGCCUGAGGCAUGGCCGACCCACCUGCAUCAGGGCAGCAUUCAGCACGACUGGCUUCCGGAAGCUUCAGAGAAAUGCACGCCAUCGCCUCCAGGUCACUCACAAAAAGAACCACCUGGACUUCGCGAUUGCAGAAGGUGUAUGGAGAGAGUUUUUAGAUCCUUUUGAUGGCCAUUCAGAAGAUAACCCUGGACAUUCCUACCAACGUGCCCACCGUUCUCUGGGACACAGGAACUGCAGUGUGCCUCCAAACACACUGAAAUCUAAGAGCCCUGAGGAAGUGAGUAUGGCAGACUUUCUGUCACCAAGGGUUCCAGACCUCCUGGUGAAGGGUGCCGGCUGGGCCCCUGCAUCCCUGGACACCAAUGAUGUGGACAUGCUGCCUGAGGGCGAAUUGAAGCUUCCUAUGGAGGUCCACCACUACCCAGAGGCAGAAGGAUGGAACACCAGGCCAGCUGCAUGGCCGGAGGACUGGAGAACAACCAGGCCAGCUGACCCGUUGGCUCCUGUGGAGCCCUCCUUGGGGGCCAGACACCUGCCAAGCAGAACCAGGGGCACACGGCUGUCCCCCAGACUCGGAAGUGAGAGAGACAAGGGGCCCAGGCUGUCACUCUCCAAGAGGAAGCUAGAACUUUUACUCGCAGAGCCUGAAAAGCCUAAGAGAAGGAAGUACACGACCUAUUCCAAGGGUAGCAAGAGCAGAGAGCAUGUCUGGUGCUGAUGCUGGUGGUCUUACCCCAACCUUCUCUCCGAGUCUCCAUGUCCACCUGGCCACAGGACCUUUCCAUUCCCAAGUGCAAAUAAAAGAAGCUACCACAAAGAGGCACUUGUUCAUCCUGGUGGGGAACCUUGAGGAUGCUGUUGAGGUCCACUCCCAGUCCCUCAAUUUGGGGAGUAGGUCCUGUUUAUCCUUCUGCUAACGCUGCUGCUCAUUCUGCCAGGGAGGGUA